AUGCAUAACCUGGAUAGGGCCUUAAAGGAGUAUAGAAACAACGAAUUAAUAGCUGACUUUAAGUCUCAGUGCUCAGAGCCAGUGAUGAUUACCUCGUUGGAGGUAUAUGAAAGAUCUGCAUCAUGUUAUUUCACGCGAAACAUUUUCAAGGAAAUUCGUUAUGAGAUUCAGAGGGCAGGGGCUUUGAAUAUAACGGUACUAAGCAUAACCUUGGACAAGGUAGAGUUCAGUGUGACUGCUCUCGGAGACCCGGCCAAAGAUCGACGGGUGGAAGUCGAUAGAGGUAAGAAUCUGUUCUCGUGCUCGUGCAAGCUGUUUGAAUCACGUGGUAUUCCCUGUAGUCAUAUCUUCUGUGCCAUGAAGUUCGAAAACAUACUUGAGUUUCCAGAUUCGAUGAUAUACAAAAGGUGGACAAAGAAUGCAAAGAACGAAUUUAUUAGUACAGAAAUGCCUGUGAAUGAUGACAUCGAAAGGGUCUUAAAGUUUCGAGUUGGAGCAUUGGCAUCGAAUUGCAACAAGCUGUGUGAUAUUGCUUGCAAGGAUCUUGCAGACUUUGAUGAAGUCCAGUCUGAACUUGUCAAUUUAGUUAUCCGCCUACAGUCACGCAAACAAGGCAAGUCAACUCCUAAUGUUAACGUGGAAGGCAUCAACAAUCCCUUUGUUGUCAAAAGCAAAGGAGCCCCUUCCAAGAGGUCUUCUUGGAGGAAGAAGAGAGCAUGCUCUAAUUGCCACAAGUACAGUCAUUACUACAAGCGCUGUCCAGAUCUGAUGCAGCAUAGUGUGGAAGGUAACCCUCGCGAUCGAUCAUACGACAAUGCAUCAGCCAAGGACUCAGGUUUUAGUCCAGAAAGGUUUGCUAAUUCUUCGAGGUCGUUCUCAAUUAAGUUCGAACACCACUCAGGACCUAAUACCAAGCCUUUUAAAAAGGGUGGAACAAGGAAGCUUACGGCGACUGGUAUGAGGAACCGAAAGGGUAAAGACAACACUUUUGUUGAGGUAAUUUUUUUGAAUAUAAACAUCUAA